UAAUGCAACAAAAAUAUCUCCAUAUCUGUGCGCUAUGCUGAAAAUAUUUUUGAUUUCUUUGUCACACAAGAAAUAAGGGCAACCUAAUUGCUGUACUGAAGUAAUGACAUUCAGCCAGGAGUGCCAUCACAGCAUUUUGAAUUUAUUUGUCAAGGUUCUGGAUGGGCUUAAUGCAGGAGUCAAGCGGCUGGGCUAUUCCAUAUCUGGAGGACUAGAUGUUGAUGGGAAUUUUUAUCCAGAUCUAGCUAUUGGCUCUCUCAGCGAUCAGGUUGUGCUUUAUAGGUCAUGUCCAGUGGUCCACGUGAUCCGAGACAUUUCCAUUGAGCCUCAGUAUAUUGAUCUGACACAGCACAGCUGCCAGGGCCAAGAUGGUGUUUGUGUGGAUGUGAAGGCCUGCUACACGUACACUGCUUAUCCAGACUCCUACUCACCACAUAUCACACUUGGUGUACAUUUUGAGGCAGACAUAGAGCGCAGGAAGUUGAGUCUUCCUCACAGAGUUCACUUCCUGGGCCGCAGUUUAUCAGAGCCGGAGUACGUUCAUUCAGUGGAAGUGGAGCUACAUGGACAAAAACAUCCUGACUGCCAAACAGUGACUUUUGUUGUACAGGAAAACAUUCAGGACAAGCUGCGGCCCGUCUCUCUGGCUAUCACACACACUAUACGGAGAAGCAGGCAUCACCACCAAAUGGGACAUAAACACCAUAACCAGCUGAGCCCUGUACUGAGCCUCAGUCCCUCAAACACACUCUACUCUGAGGUCAAUUUUAUCAGAGAAGGGUGUGGUGAGGAUAAAAUAUGUCAGAGCAACCUUCAACUCUCCUAUCAGUUUGGCACAAAAGCACCCAUUUCAAAUGCCUUUAUUCCUCUGCCACGAGACGAGUCUGAUGUGCCAGUGUUCUCUCUGUCGGAUCAGAGGUCAGUAGUGCUGGAGGUCACGGUGACUAACAUGCCAUCUGACCCGGAAAACCCACAGGAAGAUGGAGAUGAUGCCCAUGCCACCCAGCUACUGGUGUCUCUGCCCAACACGCUCUCGUACUCUGGACUCAUGGGGCAGCAGGUAUUGUGUGAAGUUAAUCAGAACGGCUCUCAGGCGCUGUGUGAACUGGGCAAUCCGCUGAAAAGAGAAGCGACGGUCAAAUUUUAUCUUGUUCUGAGCACUUCUGGGAUCACUAUAGAAACAACGUCACUGUCCGUUCAUCUUGCACUGUCUACGAUAAGUGAGCAGCCUGCUUUGGCCCCCGUCACGGCGUAUGCGCGAAUGGUGAUCGAGCUUCCUCUGGUGCUUAGCGGACUGGCUCACCCCCAUCAGCUGUUCUUCAGCGGAGCAGUGAGGGGAGAGAGCGCUAUGGCAUCACUGCAGGACGUUGGCAGCGCAGUGGACUACGAAUUCAUUGUGUCUAAUACUGGGCAGUCUCUCCAAACUUUUGGCUCGGCCUCUCUGAACAUCCUGUGGCCGUACGAGCUGAUCAAUAGGAAGUGGCUGUUGUAUCCGAGUGCUCUGCAGGUGGACGGCCAGCCUCACACUCACUGUGAACCCCAGUCAGCGCUCAACCCCCUGCGCCUGGCCCUCGACCAGCCGCCGCAGACAGAAAACCUUAAGGGCAGCAGAAAGGUGCGCUCGCAUCUGGAGACCAAAGACGACCUUAUUCCCAAAAGCCCGGUAGGAAAAAUCACUCCAGCUGUUUCUGCAUCUGAGAGAAGGAAGUCUCUCACACUGGAUUGUUUACUGGGCUCUGCACGCUGUCUGCUCUUCCAGUGUCCUCUACUCUCAUUCUCCGGCUCGAUCCAUUUCAGGAUCCGAGCGCACAUGUGGAACAGCACUUUCAUUGAGGAGUUUCCAUCUGUCAGUGCUGUGGAGCUGCUGGUCAGAGCCAAUAUCACCAUAAAAUCCAACAUUAGACAUCUGGUGCUGAAGGACGCUGCAACACAGGUGUCAGUGAUGAUUUACCCAGAGCACGGGCUCUCAGACCAGCACAGCAUCCCAUGGUGGAUCAUUCUCAUUGCUGUCCUGGCUGGAAUUAUUGUUCUCGCGCUGCUCGUGUGUUUACUGUGGAAGUGUGGUUUCUUCCAAAGGGUUCGGUAUAAAGAUAAAGUGCCCCAGUAUAAGGCUGUGAAGAUCCUGCGGCAAGAGACACAGUUUCAGGACAAGACUUUUAUUUUGCACAAAAAACAAUGGGCUACCCACUGGAGUGAUGGGACAAUCUAAUCUAAUAUGCAUCUUUUUGUCCUCAGCAACAUGUACGCUAACCAGAGAAUGCAGUGGACUCGCACUGACCUUAAACAUACACAGCAACAGAUUUUUAUUCAGCAUUUUAUAAGUUGCAUUUUUCAUUGCUCUGCAGAUUGAAAGAAACUUUCAGAAGGACAGCUGGAUCUAGCUGGAGAUAGACAGUAUAUAAAUGGAAA